AUGGCUUCUCGUCGACUCGUACACUUCAAUCCCGAAGCCAAGUCUUGGGUGUCUCCUCCCUCUGUAUCUUCUCCACAAGAUAUAGAUCGGUUCCACCGAGGCCUUCCUAAUUAUGAGCUAACCCCCCUUGUGAAGCUUGAGGAUCUUGCAAGGGAACUAGGCGUUGGCGCAGUCUAUGUCAAAGAUGAGACAAGUCGCUUCGGUCUUCCUGCGUUCAAGAUCCUCGGUGCCUCUUGGGGUGCUUUCCGCUCGAUCACGGAGAAGUUGGGAUUGCCUCUCGACUCAGAUAUCGAGACUGUUGGACAAGCAGCCCAGUCACAACAGUUGACGCUAUACGCAGCAACCGAGGGAAAUCAUGGUCGCGCUGUGGCGCGCAUGGGCUCAAUUCUCGGCAUUACAACAGAGAUCCAUGUACCAGCUUCUAUGCAUCACUCUACUGUCAAACUGAUUGAGUCCGAAGGUGCAAUCGUUGUUGUAUCUAAAGGUCGGUAUGAGGAUGCCAUGAUUGACGCCAAGGUUGCUUCCGAAAAUGGACGAGGGAUUAUGGUUCAAGACACUGCUUUUGGUGACUACCAAUCUGUUCCUCAGUGGAUUGUUGACGGCUAUGGAACCAUGAUGCGAGAGGUCGACAGCCAAUUGGGUUCAACCAAUGCCGACUUGGUUAUCGCUCCCGUCGGUGUCGGUUCAUUCGCGCAAUCCGUUGUUUCGCACUUCAAGAGAAAGGGUGCAUCUACUUCAACUGUCACAGUCGAACCAGACACGGCUGCAUGCCUAUGGAAGAGUCUGAAAACGGGUGAGCUGACUGAGAUUCCAACGGCCAGUACUAUCAUGGCUGGUCUCAAUUGCGGUGCACCCUCAACUAUCGCGUGGGAGCUCUUGAAACACGGUGUCGAUGCAAGUUUGACCGUGUCUGACUAUGAGGCGUACCAGUCCGUCCAGUAUCUUCAGUCACAGGGCAUCGAUGCUGGACCUUGUGGUGGUUCGACGUUGGCUGCGCUGAGACGUCUGACACCUGCCGACAAGAGUGAGCUGGGAUUGAAUGACAGAUCAACGGUCGUUCUCUUCUGUACCGAACGCAGCCGAGAUUACGAUAUCCCCUACAGCGUCUCGAAUGACGAUCCUGUGGCGCUCACUCAGACUCUUGUUCAGAUCAACUCAGCAAGUCCCGACUUGGGAUCUACUCCUGGACCAGGCGAAACAGCUAUUGCUCGCUAUAUAGUGUCUUGGCUUGAGCAUCGCGAUAUAGAGACUCACUGGAUUGAGUAUAGCAAAGGCCGUCCUUCUAUUGUGGGUGUCGCUCGCGGUUCAGGCGGCGGAAAGAGUCUCAUGUUCAAUGGGCACAUCGAUACGGUAACAUUGAUGGGCUAUACCGACAAUCCGCUCAGUGGAAAUAUUAUCGAUGGGCGCCUGUACGGUCGCGGUGCUGCUGACAUGAAGUCUGGUGUUGCAGCGGCCAUGAUUGCCUUGGCCAAUGCCAAGAAGCUCUGUUUGCGUGGCGACGUAAUCCUCGCUGCUGUUGCUGACGAAGAGAGCUUGAGCAAGGGGACGGAAGACGUCCUCCGAGCUGGAUGGAGAGCGGAUGCUGCGAUUGUAUCGGAACCGACGAAUCUUGAGAUUAACCAUGCCCAUAAGGGAUACUGUCAUGUCGAGAUAAAGGUACACGGACUGGCGGCUCAUGGUUCGCGAGCAGAUCUGGGCAUUGAUGCUAUUGUCAGCGCCGGUCACUUUCUGGUCGAAUUCGGUCAAUACGCGAAGAAGCUGCAAGAUGGUCCUGAUGAUGGGACUCUUGGGACGGGUACUGCACAUGCAUCGAUCAUCUCGGGAGGCGAAGAGGCGGCAUCAUAUCCAGCGGAAUGCACAAUCAUUGCCGAACGUCGCACUGUCACUGGAGAGAGUGACGAGAUUGUUGAACAAGAGUUUCAUGACCUCAUUGGGAAAGUCACUAAAGAGAUUCCUGACUUCAAAGCAGAAGCGAAAAUUGUCUUUAGUCGGCCUCCUCAGAUGACACCAAUCGACCAUCCUUUUACUCAACUUGUCUCUGGCAUUGUGGGUGAGGUGCUUGGAGUAGAGGCUACCGUUGCUGGUGCUUUGUUCUGGACUGAUUGCGCACUUCUCUCCCAAGAAGGCAUUGUCCCUCUUCUUUGGGGACCGCGAGGUGACGGGCUGCACUCUAAGGAAGAAUGGGUAGACGUCAGUUCGAUCGAGCAAGUCACCGACGGAUUGUCGCGCAUAGCAGAGGAAUUCUGUAGAUAA